GCAAUUGUUUGGCUCCGCCCACAAAGCAACGCAGGCGAGGGAACCUCCGGGAUAAGUCAAAGAAACAAUGGGUUACUAUACUGCAUCCUUAUAAUUAAAUGUACUGUUUACACAGAGAGGAGUGGACUUAGCGAAACUACUGGGAGCGAUCGACGAAAUUGGGGAAAACCCAAAACGACAGGGAUCGGUUUGAGUUUUCUAUCAUUUGGUUGGGAUUAUAACCAGCUCCAUUAUUUGCGUGUUCACUGUUCAGGACGAUGAUAAAGCAAUAAUCCGCAGACACACAAAUCCGCUGAUAGAGACAUUGUCUUCUCUUAUUCGUGGCUUGUGUGCUGACUUGCGUAAGUUGAACAUUUGUCAGUUGCUGUAUUAGGACUAUUAUUAGCUACUGCAGCUUUAAAAGAAAUAACAAUUUGCGCAGAUCGGAGAAAGAAAACCCGUGUGUCGUCGUAGCUGCAUGAAGUGUUGACGCCACCAUUUCUUCUGUUCCCGGUGGAUCCGUAAGCGAGAUCGCCUGUCUGAAUAAUUUAAUCCGUGUAAAAUGAGCUCGGAGGAAGCGGCAGCACCGAACAAAAACACCGCCACCGAUGGGGAUGGCAUGUCCUGGUGGUACCGGUGGUUGUGUAAGACUGCUGCUGUACUGGGUGGAAUCUCCUGUGCGGGGAUGGGUAUUUGGAACUGUGUGACUGUGCACCCCUUAAAUAUCGCUGCAGGAGUCUGGAUGGUGUUGACUGCAUGUGUGUUGUUCAUCUGUGAAGUCCCAUUCUGCUGUCAGUUUGUGGAGUUUGCGAAUGCCGUAGCAGACCGAGCGGACAGGAUGCGACCCUGGCAGAAAGCAGUGCUUUACUGUGGGAUGGCACUGUUCCCUGUGUUUCUCAGCCUGUCCAUCACCACGCUGUUUGGAAACGCUAUUGCCUUUGCUACUGGAGUGCUUUAUGGACUUGCUUCCCUUGGAAAGAAGGGGGAUGCGGUUAGCUACGCUCGACUGCAGCACCAGAAACAAGCUGACGAAGAAAAACUCGCAGGCACGACAGAUGGCUCGGCUCCGUGACUCCUCUCCCUUCUUCCGUUACCUCUCGUUCUUCUACCUCUCCCAUCCCUCUCUCCAUCUCUGUGUCUGGGAGAUUCUUCUACAGCUCAUGUUGUGAUUUUUAUUUAUGCUAGAUUUAUUACUUUUCCAUCAGGCCUGAGAUCUGUGGUCUCUCAGUUUUCACGUUGUAUAUUCCUUUUUUGUUGUUUGAAUUUUUUUUCUGCUGCAAGGGUGCUCUGGUCGUGAUUGGCCGUUGUGCAGUGAAGCUUGAUUUUCCUUUUUAUUUAUAUGAAAUACUUGAUUGAGACACUUAACCAACCUCAUACACAGACAUCUGAACAGAAAACCAGAAUGCAUGUUACUGACUUAUCCUCAAUCCUCUUUCAUAUUCAUCUUUACACUAUUGCUUACUGCAGCUGUUGGAAGUUGUGGUGGGUGGGAUUUUUUCACCUGAAUUCUCCACUUUGUAGAUAAAAAAAUUGUGAUUGGUAUAGCUAUUUCUCCAGGAUGUUAUUUAUAAAUAAUCUGGAAUGUGAAUUUCUGAAUUUAUUUUGUCUGCCAGUGAAAGCUCAUGGUAGAUUAAGGAUGCAACCACAAUCCACCUGGCUGCAUAUUUAAUAUGGAAGAUGGAAGUGUAUUUUGUGUAUGUGUCUGUACAUGCGUGCUGCACCAUAUGUCCUGAACUUCCAAAGUACUGAAAAUACAACCCCAUUUAAAUGUAGCAUAAGAACACUAGAGCAUUAGAAUUCUUCUAGAACACUGAAUUGUUAGUGAUGAUGAAUUACAACACUACACAUUUUCAAGCCUGAAAGUACAGACAAAAAACUGUGCCUUAGGAAGAGAAAGACAAGGCAACCAGGCCCUCUCAAAUUAAACAGAAUAUGCAAUUCAUUUUUGCAGCAGAAUAAAAGAAAGCAUAAUGUUAAAAACCAAAAGCUUAAUGCUACAGUAUGUUGGAAUGUUAACUUAUUAAUGUUAGCCUAGGAACAAAAACACUGACUGAAGCUAAUGGCCCCAGCUAGGAACUGGCCAGCUAAGAACUUACUUUACUUAUAUUUUACAAGACAAACCAUUAAACCAGCGUUAAAGCUCUUGGUUAAAGUCAGCCUAGUUUGAGGUCAGAAGUGUACUUAGAAUGAAUCCCUUUCUUCUUCAGGUCAAAGUUCAACCUUUCUUACCAGACUUCAGGUACUUCUCAUUGAAGGAAUAGGAUAUAACAUGCAUGUAAGAUACAACAAUGUAAACUUAUACAAAACAGACAAUUUAACACUGAGACGUCCCAUUUGAAAACAGUUACACAGGUGUUGACCUAAAAUUAAUAUCACUGCUCUCCAUAAGGCCAUAGUUACACCAGCAGGAGUUCAGCUCAGCAUUCUCUUUUGACAAGUCAUUAACAAACUACUAACCUGUGUAUUGUCCAGGACUCAGUAUGAAGAUCACUGCCUCUUGGUUGUCACUGUUACUGUGAAUUCAGAAUAAUGUGGCACUGUAACUACAGUUGCCAAAAAAAAAAAUGCCUCUGACAGCAGUGACACAGUAGUGCAGGAUUUUUGUUCUAGUUUAAAUACUAGUGGUUGGGUAACCCUCCUGAUGAUGCAUGUUGGAGGUGGAAGUCAAUUCUGAAAGAUUCAAACUGUUUUUGGACUGUUGUUGGUCCUUCCCCCCAGCUACUUUGGUAGAUAAUGUAGAACAAAACAUUUCAAACUAAACAGACCUCCCCUAAUUAUACCAAACCAAGUAAAUAUACAGUUCAUGUUUGAAGUAGUAUCCAGGGCAUACUCUUCCAUACCAAAUGUUAACAUCAGAUGGCUAGAUACAGCAAUGUUUUCUAUAGCUGCCUUACCGCAGUUUAAUUCAGAGGCCAAAAGGGCAAUGAUAGUUCAUAAAACAGAUUUCAGUUUCAGUCAUUGUAAAAUACUGUGAUCCAUGCACACCUAUGACUGCGUCAGAAUAAUUGAAUUCUGUAUUAAUGCACCAGGUUUUAAACCAGUAAUUUUAGUCAUUAAGCCAUUGUUUUGUCCAUAGAAUGCCCUGAACUUUGCCCUUUUAUGUUGCUUAGCAACCAAAUCUUACUGUUAACUGACCACACUGUAUGGCAGAAGAAUUGUGAAUAUUAUUAAUAAUAAAUUAUUCAUUGAA